AUGCUGGACCGCCUCCCAAACGAACUCAUCUACCUGAUCCUCGCCCAGCUCUCCUCCGACCCACCGCCCUCCUACGCCCAGCUCAAUGCGCCUCCGAGCCUCGACAUUGCGCGCGCCUCUGCAAGCCCGCUCAAGAACCUCGUGCGCGUGUCGUCGCAUUAUGCGGAGCUGGUGAGGCCGCUCCUAUUUGCGCAUUGCCGCUGUAAUCUCGCUCGCAUUGGGGAUUUUCUUUCCUUUGUUGCCCGCUUCUCGCUUCAGCAGCAAAUAACCUCUAUCGUCGUCAUCGCGCUCUCCUCGGAUGAUAACCCAGACGAUGUCAAAGGCAGUGACGAUACCUGGUGGUGUCAUCUUCUGCGAGAAAUCAACCCGUCGCGACUCACACUCCUCGCACCGCCCACUGUGAUCGGGCAGGCGGUGGCGACAAAUGUCAUGAAUGGGCACAACUGGGCCUUUGACAUCUCCUUCCAGACUCUCUGUCUCGAACAAGAUACUCAAUCGGCCCAGGAUACCAGUCCCUGGCCCACGCUGCUACACACCCGCCCCUGGAAAUCAAUCUGCUUCAACGAAUCCUCCUCGCUCAAAGCAUACAACCACUACGAAUACUUCCGCCACCGCGUCCCCUCAAUCUUCGAAGCCUGGGGCAACUCGCCUCGCGUGCUGACGCAAGGGACCAUACUGCAGGGGGGGCUGGCCAAUGUCACGCAUUUUCGAUAUACCGCCGUGUUCCCCUUCAACAACCAUAUCUGGACGGUCCUGCGAGCCGUGCGAGCCCUCAUGCCCAGUCUCAAGUCGCUGAGCGCGCAGCUCGCGCCGGACAGGAACAACCGCGUCCUAGAGACAGAGCUGCGCGGGUCGAUGGACCCCAACGAUCCCUGGAUGGAGCUGUCGACGGGGUUUUCCCUGAUGGCGAAGGUGGUGCGUGAGCUUGGCGAGAAGGGUCCCCUAGAGCAUUUUCAGGUGUGUGACUACGAUAUCGAGGCGCUGCGCUCGAAUCUUUCGGCGGUUAUUGGUGCUGAGCUUGCCCCGAGCCAGUGGAAGCAUGACGGUUACGGUACAUGGAUAAAGACCUUACGAAUUGAUGAUAAAAAUCCAUAA